GGACAGUCCUGGAGGAUGACCUCUGGGGAUGUAACUCUGGAUCCAACAUAUUAGACAUGAAGUAUGCUGUUACCCUGGAUGACACCCAAGAACUCAUGGACUUGUGGUUUUCCUGUGAGCUAAUUCCUGACCUGAAACUGCUAUUUAUAGGAAGACACCAAAAGUAAUUCCAUCCUAGGAAUGAAUGGAAAAGGGCACUUCAACCAUAUCCAUGGGGAAUCUCUUCCUUGUCUAACCUAAUAAAAACCAAUACUUAGGGACAGAUGAAGAAGGAGUCCAUGUAAAAGACUGACAGAUGGGUGUCCUGGAGACAACAAAAAGUUGAAUUUUUGUUUUCUGAACCAGUCAUGCUGUACACUUUGAUCGGUCUUUCUCAGAAAUGAUGAGUUACCCAGGUGCUGGAGGGCAGAGCUAUGUGGUCAAGUUAGUAAAUUCUGUGAAUGGACUGCCCAGGCUAAAGAAUUAUGAAGUAAUUUAUCCUCAAAGACUUCAUCCAGUGUAUAAAAGAGAAGUCAAGGACCCAGAUCAAAUGGAAAAAUAUGAAACUGAAUUGAAAUAUAAAAUGACAGUAAAUGGCAAAAUUGCAGUGCUUCACUUGAAAAAAACCAAUGGUCUCCUUGCACCAGACUACACAGAAAUACAUUAUAAUUCCACUGGCAAGGAGGUUACCACAAGCCCGCAGAUCAUGGAUGAUUGUUAUUACCAAGGGCAUAUCCUUAAUGAAAAAGUUUCUGAUGCUAGCAUCAGCACUUGUAGGGGCCUAAGGGGUUACUUCAGUCAGGGAGAUCAAAGGUACUUCAUUGAACCUUUAGGGCCCACAAAUCAAGAUGAACAGGAACAUGCACUCUUCAAGUAUGAUCCUGAUGAAAAUACUAAUGGCACCUGUGGGUUGGAUGACACAUUAUGGACACAUGGAUCUCGGCGGAAUGUGGUCGCACCUGCCAUCAGUCUUGUUAACUUGAAAGACCGGAAGGUUAAGGAGCAUAAAAAAUAUAUAGAAUACUAUUUGGUCCUGGAUCAUGGUGAGUUUAAAAAAUAUAAUCAGGAUCAAGAGGAAAUAAGAAAGCGGGUGUUUGAGAUGACCAAUUAUGUCAACAUGCUUUAUAAAAAGCUCAACACUCAUGUGGCCUUAGUUGGGAUGGAAAUCUGGAAUGAUAAGGAUAAAAUAAAGAUAACCCGAAAUGCAAGCUCCACCUUGGAAAAUUUUUCUAAAUGGAGGGGGAGUGUGCUCCCCAGAAGAAAGCGCCACGAUAUUGCUCAGUUAAUAACUGCAACAAAACUCUCUGGAACCACUGUGGGUCUGGCUUUCAUGUCUACAAUGUGUUCUCCUUACCAUUCUGUCGGCAUUGUUCAGGACCACAGUGACAACAUGCUUAGAGUUGCAGGGACAAUGGCCCAUGAAAUGGGCCAUAACUUUGGAAUGUUUCAUGACUCCUAUGUUUGCAAAUGCCCUUCUACAAUAUGUGUUAUGGACAAAGCAUUAAGCUACUAUAUACCUACGGACUUUAGCUCUUGCAGCCGUGUUAGCUAUGACAAGUUCUUUGAAGAUAAAUUAUCAAAUUGCCUCUUCAAUGUUCCAUUGCCUACAGAUAUCAUAUCUACUCCAAUCUGUGGGAACCAGUUGGUAGAAAUGGGAGAAGACUGUGACUGUGGGACCCCCGAGGAAUGUACCAACAUUUGCUGUGAUGCAAAAACAUGCAAAGUCAAAGCACAUUUUCAGUGUGCACUGGGAGAAUGCUGUGGGAAAUGUCAGUUUAAAAAGGCUGGUGCAGUGUGCAGACCAGCAAAAGAUGAGUGUGACCUGCCAGAAAUGUGUGAUGGUAAAUCUGGUAUUUGCCCUGAUGAUCGAUUCCGGAUCAAUGGCUUCCCUUGCCAAAAUGGAAAGGGCUACUGCCUCAAGGGGUCUUGCCCCACACUGCAGGACCAGUGCACCCAGCUGUGGGGAUCAGGGAGCCAGGUUGCUGACAAAUCGUGUUAUAGCAGGAAUGGAGGUGGGUCGAAGUACGGGUACUGUCGCAAAGUCGAUGGCACACGAGUUCCUUGUAAAGCAAAUGAUGUCAUGUGUGGGAAAUUGUUCUGUCACGGUGGAUCAAAUAACUUGCCCUGGAAAGGACGGAUAGUAACCUUCCUGACAUGUAAAACAUUUGAUCCUGAAGAAAACAGUGAAGAAAUAGGCAUGGUAGCUAAUGGAACUAAGUGUGAAAACAAGAAGGUGUGCAUUAAUGGAGAGUGCGUGGAUAUGGAGAGGGCCUACAAGUCGACGAACUGCUCUUCUAAGUGCAAAGGACAUGCUGUGUGUGACCAUGAGCUGCAGUGUCAGUGUGAGGAAGGAUGGGCCCCGCCUGACUGUGACGACUCCUCCAUGGUCUACAAUUUCUCCAUUGUGGUUGGGGUGCUGUUCCCCGUAGCGGUCAUAUUUGUGGUGGUUGCUAUAGUAAUCCGGCACCAAAGCACCAGAGGAAAGCAGAAGAAAGUCCAGAGGCCACCAUCUACCAGUGGCACCAAAACACACCAACGGAAGAGGAAGCUACAGACAGGGAAGGCUGUCCAGCCCCAAGAGAUGAGGCAGAUGAAGAAUCAUGCCCCAGAUGUGCCAGUAGAAGGCAAUGAGCCUCCAGCUUCUUUUUUAAUUACAAAGCCAGAUUUUCCACCACCACCAAUUCCUACAUCUGUAUCAUCUUCCUCAUUCCUUCACAGAGACACAAAAGUACUUCCCUCUGUUGCUCUCAAGGACAAAGCAAUGUCCACACCUAAGGACUCAAAUCCAAAAGUCUGAAACAACAGUUAUACAGGGAUUGGUGCGUAAAUGACCAACAUGGAUGGUUGGGCAUACUGGAUGAAAGAGAAAUAUACUUUCUAUACUUCCUGUUAUUUGUUCUUGAUACCCAGGGAGGUUGCCAUUUGUUGAUUUGUGGUAUACUUUAAAGAGAUUAUAUGAAAUUUUUCAAGAGAUGCAUACCCUUGAGAAUCUUUGCAUGUAUUUAAAAUUUCCAUUCUAUAUAUUUGUGAGAAGGAAGGUAAUUCUUUUUUUAUUAUUUUUAUAUUCCCCAUACAAUUGCAACCCCCUGAUUUUGACCACAGUCUCUCCUUUCCCCACUCCCCCAGAAGUGUGUCUCUUAUACAUAGUUGUUUGUUGAUUUUUAUUUUUUUCUUUCUUAUAGUUAUUCAUUUUUCCUGGUCCCUUAUUUAGGUUUUCUAGAUUCCUGUUAUGAGUGAGACCAUCCGGUAUUUUUCUUUUUCUUUCUGACUUAUUUCACUGAGCAUGAUCCCUUCCAGCUCCAUCCAUGUUGCUGCAAAUUGCAUGCGUUUAUCUUUUUUGAAUGCUGAGUAAUAUUCCAUGGUGUAUAUGUACCACAUCUUCCUGAUCCAGUCAUCUAUUUUUGGGCAUUUGGGUUGUUUCAAAGCUUAACUAUUGUAAACAGUGCUGCUAUGAACAUAGGGGUACAAGUGCUCUUUGGAAUUGAUGUUUCUGUUUCCUUUGGGUAAAUAUCUAGGAGUGGAAUUGCUGGAUCAUAUGGAAGCUCUAUCUUUAGUAGGUUGAGGAAUCUCCACACAGCUUUCCAUAGUGGUUGGACCAGUUUGCACUCCCACCAACAGUACAGGAGAGUUCCUUUCUCUCCACAACCUCGCCAACAUUUGUUGUUGCUAGUUUUUUUAAUAUGUGCCAUUCUCACUUGUGUGAGAUGGUAUCUCAUUGUAGUUUUGAUUUGCAUCUCCCUGAUUGCAAGUGACGUUGAAUAUUUUUUCAUAUGCCUGGUAGCCAUUUGUAUUUCUUCUUCGUAGAAGUUUCUUUUUAGCUCUUUUGCCCAUUUUUUGACUGGAUCAUUUUCUUUGUUUUGUCGAGUCUCAUCAGCUCUUUGUAGAUUUUUGUGAUCAGUCCUUUAUCAUUUGUGUUGGGUGCAAAAAUGUUCUCCCAUUCGGUGGGGUUUCUCUUUGUUUUUGUUCUUGUCUCUUUUGCUGUGCAGAAGCUCUUUAAUUUGAUGUAGUCCCAGCUGUUUAUCUUUGCCUUCACCAUCACUGCUUUGGGUGAUGUGUCUGUAAAGAUGUCUUUGAGGUGCAUGUCAUGUAGUGUUUUGCCUAUAUUUCCUUCUAUAUAUUUUAUGGUUUCAGGUCUUAUGUCUAGUUCUUUAAUCCAUUUUGAGUUGGUUUUGUGCAUGGUGUGAGGUAGUAGUCAAGCUUCAUUCUUUUGCAUGUAGCGACCCAGUUUUCCCAGCACCAUUUAUUGAACAAAGUUUCUUUGCUCCAGUACAUAUUCUUUGCUCCUUUGUCAAAGAUUAUUGACCAUAGAUCUGUGGGUUUAUUUCUGGGUUUUCUAUUCAGUUCCAUUGGUCCAUGUGUCAGUUCUGGUUCCAAUACCAUGCAGUUUUGAUUAUUAUGGCUUUGUAGUAUAGUUUGAAAUUUGGGAGAGUGAUGCCUCCAUUCCCUUUUUUUUUUUUUCAGGAGGGUUUUGGCUAUUUGGGGUUUUUGGUGGCUCCAUAUGAAUUUCAUCAAAUUUUUUUCUAUUUCUUUGAAAAAUUACAUUGAAAUUUUAAUUGGAAUAGCAUUGUAUCUGUAAAUUGCUUUUGGUAGGAUGGCCAUUUUGAUAAUGUUAAUUC